CCGGGCUGGGGUGGAUGCGAGCAACCAUGAAAGGCUGCGUCUCCGCCUCCUCCUCCGCUGCUGCCAGAGAGCUGCCGGCUGCCGCCGCUCGGAGGACUACACCGUGAGGGGGGGGGCGGAGGAGAGCCGGCGGGGUUCGCCUCCCCGAGGUAGAAGGUGUAAGGGAGAGGCAGAAAUAAAAUGUCUUCUUCGGCGGGGCCCCGCGGCCCUCGCCCACCCACGGUGCCCCCCCCGAUGCAGGAGCUGCCCGACCUGAGCCACCUGACAGAGGAAGAGAGGAACAUUAUCAUGGCAGUGAUGGACCGGCAGAAAGAGGAGGAAGAGAAGGAAGAGGCCAUGCUCAAGAGGUUGCAUCAACAAUUUGAAAGCUAUAAAGAGCAAGUAAGAAAGAUAGGGGAAGAAGCCCGCCGUUACCAGGGAGAGCACAAGGAUGAUGCUCCAACAUGUGGAAUCUGUCAUAAAACAAAGUUUGCAGAUGGUUGUGGCCAUUUAUGCUCUUAUUGCCGGACCAAGUUUUGUGCUCGAUGUGGAGGUCGUGUCUCUCUGCGAUCAAACAAUGAGGACAAAGUGUACAGGAAUACUGUUCCUACUCAUUGUGGAUCACCAGUACCUGUAAGAGUUAUGUGGGUAUGCAAUUUAUGUCGAAAGCAACAAGAAAUCUUAACAAAAUCUGGAGCGUGGUUUUUUGGAAGUGGACCACAGCCAUCACCCAGCCAGGAUGGAACACUGAGUGAUACGGCAACUGGUGCAAGCUCCGAUGCACCAAGAGAAAAGAAAGCCAGGCUUCAAGAGAGGUCAAGAUCACAGACUCCUUUAAGCACAGCAGCUGCCUCAUCACAGGAGAUCUCUCCUUCCAGUGUUCAAUCCGACCGGAGGAAAGGAGCUGAAGUUUCACAGCCAGCUAUGGGCCUGGACCAAAAGCAAGUUUCAUCAAGAUCUAGAAGUGAGCCUCCAAGAGAGAGGAAGAAGACGUUGGUUUCAGACCAGAAUGGCAAAGUUGUAAAGAGUGAGCGUAAGCGUGUGCCAAAAACCUCACUUCAAAAAGAAGGACCAGCAGAUGAUAGGGAACGUAAAGAAAGGCAUGAAAAUAGAAGACUGGAAAAAGGGAAGUCACAGGACUAUCCUGACUUGCCAGAAAAACUUGAGGAAGGCAAAGUGCCUGAUGAUGAAAAGCAAAGGAAGGAAGAUGAAUAUCAUACUCGAUACAGGAGUGACCCCAAUCUGGCAAGAUAUCCUGUUAAACCACAUCCCGAGGAGCAGCAAAUGCGCAUGCAUGCCAAGGUUUCUAAAGCGCGGCAUGAGAGAAGACACAGUGAUGUAGCUUUGCCACACACAGAAAUGGAGGAAGCGGAGGUACCUGAGAAUAACUUAGGAAAACGCUCACAAUUACAGGGAACUCAGGACAGAAAAUCUCUUGUGGAAACUCAGAGGUCGUACUCUAUAGACAGAACAGGUGAUGUAAGAAUUUCUGUUUCUAAACAAUUAACUAAUCAUAGUCCACCAACUCUCAGGCAUAGUCCAGUUCCAAUAGAACACGUAGAAUACAAGAACCACGAUACCUUUAAAAAACAGAGCCGCCUUGAUCCUAGCUCUGCUAUUCUCAUGCGAAAAGCAAAGCGGGAGAAAAUGGAGACCAUGCUAAGGAAUGAUUCCCUUAGCUCUGACCAGUCGGAAUCAGUGCGGCCAUCCCCUCCAAAGCCUCAUAGAGCAAAAAGAGGCGGAAAGAAAAGGCAGAUGUCAGUUAGUAGCUCAGAGGAAGAAGGGGCAUCAACACCAGAAUAUACUAGCUGUGAAGAUGUGGAGAUAGAAAGUGAAAGUGUUAGUGAAAAAGGUGACUUGGAUUAUUACUGGCUGGAUCCUGCCACGUGGCACAGCAGGGAGACGUCUCCUAUUAGUUCGCAUCCAGUAACGUGGCAGCCUUCUAAAGAGGGAGAUCGCUUAAUUGGGCGUGUUAUUCUUAACAAGAGAACAACUAUGCCAAAAGAAUCAGGUGCAUUACUGGGGCUAAAAGUUGUUGGGGGAAAAAUGACAGAAUUAGGACGACUCGGUGCCUUCAUUACCAAAGUGAAGAAGGGUAGCUUGGCCGAUGUGGUGGGGCAUCUCAGAGCAGGAGAUGAAGUUCUAGAAUGGAAUGGUAAACCCUUGCCUGGAGCUACAAAUGAAGAAGUUUACAACAUUAUUUUAGAAUCAAAGUCAGAACCUCAAGUUGAAAUUAUUGUUUCAAGGCCUAUUGGUGAUAUUCCUCGGAUUCCUGAGAGUUCUCAUCCCCCAUUAGAGUCCAGUUCAAGUUCUUUUGAAUCUCAGAAGAUGGAAAGGCCUUCUAUUUCUGUUAUUUCUCCAACCAGCCCUGGCGCUCUAAGGGAUGCACCACAAGUCCUACCGGGGCAGCUUUCUGUGAAACUCUGGUAUGACAAGGUGGGACAUCAGUUAAUAGUGAAUGUUCUACAAGCAACAGAUUUGCCACCAAGAGUAGAUGGACGGCCAAGGAAUCCUUAUGUAAAAAUGUAUUUUCUUCCAGACAGGAGUGAUAAAAGUAAAAGGAGGACCAAAACGGUAAAGAAAAGUCUAGAACCAAAAUGGAACCAAACUUUUCUCUACUCGCAUGUACAUCGUAGAGAUUUUAGAGAACGAAUGCUUGAAAUAACAGUAUGGGAUCAGCCAAGAGUACAAGAAGAAGAGAGUGAAUUUCUUGGAGAGAUUCUUAUAGAGCUGGAAACAGCACUUUUAGAUGAUGAACCACAUUGGUAUAAGCUACAAACACAUGAUGAAUCUUCACUACCUCUGCCUCAGCCAUCACCUUUCAUGCCAAGAAGACAUGUUCAUGGUGGAGAAAGCUCUAGCAAAAAAUUACAAAGAUCUCGGCCUAUCAGUGAUAGUGACAUCUCAGAUUAUGAUGUUGAUGAUGGUAUUGGAGUUGUUCCUCCAGUAGGUUAUAGAUCUAGCACUAGAGAAAGUAGAUCUACAACACUAACUGUGCCAGAACAGCAAAGAACAACGCAUCAUCGUUCACGAUCUGUAUCUCCUCACCGUGGUGAUGAUCAGGGCAGGACCCGUUCACGUUUACCAAAUGUGCCAUCACAGAGGAGUUUAGAUGAAAUUCAUCAAAUGAGAAGAUCACGUUCUCCAACUAGACACCAUGAGGCCUCCAGAAGUCCAGCUGAUUACAGAUCCAGAGACAUGGAUAGUCAGUAUUUGUCUGAUCAAGAAAGUGAGCUUCUUAUGCUGCCCAGAGCAAAACGAGGAAGAAGUGCAGAGUGCCUACAUACCAUCAGAAGUUCUGUUAGGCACUAUAAAACAUUACCACCCAAGAUGCCUUUACUAGAAAAUGGUAUUCAUUGGAACCUAUACAGCUCAACUCUUCCUGCAUGUGCUAAGACCAAAUCAGUGGUUAGACAGGAUAUUUCUCUCCUUCGUGAUUGCCUUAAUUCACGAAUUCCGAAAUUUGGAGAUGAUCUGCUGGUUAGUGAACUACAGCCCUCCCUUGACAGGGCUAGGAGUGCUAGUACCAACUGCUUGAGACCAGAUACUAGUUUGCAUUCACCAGAACGAGAAAGGGGUAGAUGGUCCCCCUCCCUAGAGAGGAGACGACCUACUAGUCCCAGGAUUCAUAUCCAGCAUGCAUCUCCGGAGGAUGACAGAACAAGGACGCUGGAGUCUUGCAUUCCAAAACAGGACAGUGUAGACCACCUAAGUGCUAAACCUGGAGCAGCACAGAGGCAGUCCAGAAAAGUGGAAAGAUACAGCAGCCAAAAACAAACUAGGAAAGGCUCUGCAGCUGAAACAGAAAGGGGUCUGCUACCAUGUCUUUCUAGAAGGGGACUUCCAGCCCCACGAACGACUGAACAGCCAGUCAUUAGGGGAAAACAUCAUGCUCGCUCCAGGUCGAGUGAGCACUCUAGUGUCAGAGCCUUAUGCUCUGAACAUCACCUUGCGCCCGGAGGCUCGGCGCCGCCUUCUCCACUUCUGACAAGAAUACAUCAACAAGGAAGUCCCACCCAGUCUCCUCCUGCAGACACAUCCUUCAGCAGUCGCAGGGGAAGACAGCUACCGCAAGUUCCUGUAAGAAGUGGCAGUAUAGAGCAAGAACAAGAGAAUUAUUACUCUUCCACAAAAGCAAGCUUAGUAGUGGAGGAGCGAACAAGGCAGAUGAAAAUGAAAGUGCACCGUUAUAAUCAGACGUCAGGGUCUGGUUCUAGUCAAGAACAUGAGCGUGAGCAAUAUACCAAGUAUAACAUACAAACAGAUCAGUACAGAAGUUGUGAUAACGUCUCUGCCAAAUCAUCAGAUAGUGAUGUCAGUGACGUAUCAGCCAUUUCGCGAACCAGCAGUGCCUCACGCCUCAGCAGCACAAGUUUUAUGUCAGAGCAAUCUGAACGCCCUCGGGGCAGAAUCAGUACAUUUACCCCUAAAAUGCAAGGCAGACGGAUGGGGACUUCAGGGAGAAUCACUAAGAGCACAAGUGUGAGCGGAGAGAUGUAUAAGCUGGAGCACAAUGAUGGGAGUCAGUCGGACACAGCUGUCGGCAUGGUUGGAACAGGUGGGAAGAAAAGGCGUUCCAGUCUUAGUGCCAAAGUGGUUGCCAUAGUAUCUCGAAGGAGCAGAAGCACAUCUCAACUUAGCCAAACAGAGGCUGGCAAUAAGAAGCUAAAGAGCACGAUACAAAGAAGCACAGAGACGGGAAUGGCUGCAGAGAUGAGAAGUCGUAUGGUUCGACAGCCAAGUCGAGAAUCCACUGAUGGCAGCAUAAAUAGUUACAGCUCUGAGGGCAACUUAAUAUUUCCUGGGGUACGGCUGGGCGCUGACAGUCAGUUCAGUGAUUUCCUUGAUGGGCUUGGACCGGCACAAUUAGUAGGCCGACAAACGCUAGCAACUCCUGCCAUGGGUGAUAUCCAGAUUGGCAUGGUGGAUAAAAAGGGCCAAUUAGAAGUAGAAGUCAUUAGAGCCCGUGGCCUCACACAAAAACCUGGCUCCAAAUCAACCCCAGCUCCAUAUGUCAAAGUUUAUUUAUUGGAAAAUGGAGCAUGUAUAGCAAAGAAGAAGACAAGAAUUGCACGGAAGACCCUUGAUCCUUUGUACCAACAGACACUAGUUUUUGAUGAAAGUCCGCAGGGUAAAGUUCUUCAGGUAAUAGUUUGGGGAGACUAUGGCCGAAUGGAUCACAAAUCCUUUAUGGGAGUUGCCCAGAUCCUUCUGGAGGAAUUGGAUCUGUCCAGUGUGGUAAUAGGCUGGUAUAAAUUGUUCCCACCUUCAUCACUAGUGGAUCCAACCUUGACUCCCUUGACACGCAGGGCUUCCCAGUCGUCUCUGGAAAGUUCAACUGGUCCUCCCUGCAUUAGGUCAUAGAAGCAGGUGCUUCCUGAUAAAACAUCACCCAGGAUAACGAUUGGAACCAGAUAUUCACGCAAUCAAAAACACUGUUGGAGAGAGACAAUCACUUCAGUUUUUGCUUGUAGUAGUUACCCAAAAAUAUGUCUGAAUUGUUUGUCGAGAGACGGCUUACACUGAUGGAACAAAACUAUACAACAUACAGCCAAACUGUUAGCAGCUAUCACUGAUGCUUAUAAUGAUCCAAAGCCAAACAAAAAGUUAAAAAAAAAAAGAGAGAGAGAGAGAAAGGGAUCUUUAGGUUCAAAUUAAGUCAAAUAUGAGUCAAACUGGAAGCUCUCACUCUGUUAACAACGUUGUGUUUUUCGCAUUUUGACAGAGCCCUCAAGCAGUGUUGUUAACUUCCUGGUGUUUCAGCAGUUUUUCUGUAUUUGUUACUUCCACUAGUUUUUUGCCAUGUGAUUCUGCUAGUUUUGUAGAAGUCCUCACAACGCUGACAGAGACCCUUCCUUUCUUUUUCUAAACCAAACAAACAAAACAAAAAAAAAAAAGAAAAAAAAAAAAAAAAGAAAAAAGAAAGAAAAAAAAAAAGGGCUGAAGCAUAUCUCUGUAAGCAUCAUUAAAGUGUUGAGCAGCCAGUUGUGAUUCCAGCACGUUCAAAUCGUUUCUUGGUUCUGGUGCUUCGAAGUGUCCCAUGUGGGAACCCAGAACAAACAAACAACCAAGGUUAUAUUCUUAAAAGUAAGGAAUCAUCACAGUGCCACUUUUUCUUUGUAAAAAGCAGAUAUGUUUGCAUUAUAUAUACUAACUUUUAUGUUUAUGAUGUUUUGCAUGGAAGAAUUUUGAAGAAUUCUGCAACUAAUGCUGGGGACUGGUAUAAAGCAGCUUUAUUCUUAAUUUUGACAUAGAAUAUGUUACUGGUAAUGCAGUUUUCCUCCUAGAAACAGAGAGGGAAUACUUAUGUUUCUGUGUAUAAAUGUAUAUUUGACUUCCCAAAAUGUUGACCCGGAAUGGAUUGAGCAUAUGACACUUUCAGCUGUACCCAGGCUUCUCUGACAUGUGUCGCUCCAGGCACAUCUUGUCUGCCCUGGAUAGAGCAUGGUAUGAGUUGUUCAGUGUUUCACUGGAAAUUCCAGUUGAAAUAUUCUGCACUUACUAAUGUUUUUAUCAAAUUUUAGUUUACAUUUCUUUGAGAUUGAUGCAAGCACAAGGCUUGAUUUUUUAACGCAAGAUAUCUUACUUUUUGGAGAAAAAAAGUCAAAUUUCAAUUUGCUUUUUAUUCAUUUGAGUUCUUCUUGGCCUUGAAAUCCCUUGUGAUAUCCUGUAAAUGUGCUAAAAACUGCAGAUUCUGCAGGUGCAUUGAUAUGUUUCCCCUCCUUUUACAGGCCAUUCGAUUUUGUGAUCACACAAAUAGAGCAGCAUGACUUGGAACUGUUCAAAGCUGCAUGCACGUUUUGUAAAAAGAGAUGAAAAAGGUUAUUUAAUAAUGUAUGUUAGUUCCACAUAGGCCAGCUUGUAUGUUGCAUGUACUUGUACAGUUUGCUCGUAAUUACUAUACUGAAGUAACCAAGAAAUCUAAGCCAUCCAUGUUUUCUUAUAGAACAUUUUGCAGGUUUUAGCCAGGCUAGGUCUGUGAGUCUGGUGCUAAAUGUCUAUAGAUGGACUUUAUUUUUUACCCUAUGGAAAACGUGAUGUAGUAUGGACCAAAUUCCUUCUAAUAAAUAUUUUGGUGUAGAUUCCUACUGUGGGGUUGUAACACAUGUAGAAACUGUGUACACACUAGGUUUUAACUCAUAGACAUACUGCCUGCACCAAGUGAACUAUUUAUUAUUACUCAACACGUUGGAAUUACUCUGCCCAUCUUUCCAUAGGGCACAGAUUGGUACUGCUCGACCUGCUGAGCAGGAAGAACUCAAGCAUUGGUGCACUACUACUAGAUCCUGUUCUGUCUUAGUGGCCAAAAACCAACUAGUUAUAAUUCGAUAGUAACUUUCUAUUCUGACCACUUGUCUUAACACUCCCCUGUGCUUUUAAAUGAACUUCCAACUCAUAUUAUGUAAACAUGUUUAAUAAAAUUUCCUUUUCAUGUCCAGUGUAGUAGUUGUGCUCUCUGUAUGUUCUGAGGUUCAUCUGUGAUUCUGCUCGCUGCAGGACUGUGUGAAAUGUGUUAAGGAACAGUAAAAUGAUAAGUAAUUUC